AUGGCCUUUCCAAGAGUUGUAUUAGUGCUCCUUAUGCCUCUUCUUUUUGGCUCUUUCAUGGUUUCCUUUACUGGUAAUUUCUACAAUGAUUUUGACAUUACAUGGGGAGAUGGGCGUUCUAAGAUACUCAAUAAUGGAGAGCUUCUCACUCUCAGCCUUGACAAAGCCUUUGGCUUAGGAUUUCAGUCCAGGAAUAAGCAUCUUUUUGGAAAUAUUCAUAUGCAAAUCAAGCUUGUCCCUGGCAACUCUGCUGGCACUGUCGCUGCCUACUAUGUAAGUUGGUCUACAUGGGAUGAGAUAGACUUUGAGUUCUUGGGGAAUUUGAGUGGUGACCCUUACAUUCUUCACACUAAUGUGUUUAGCUAA